AUGGCGCUCUGCGCCAUCGUCGAGGUGCUGUUCGACAUCGACGCCGGCCACGAGGUGACGCAUGCCUACCCCUCGGGCACGCUGGCCGAGGAGGAGCUGUCGGAUGUGGCCUUCUGCGCCUUCCCCGACAGCAUGUCGAUGGAACUGCGGGGCGGCAGCAGCGUGCGUGACAGCAGCUUCUCGUUCCGGGUGCGGCGCCGCGCGACGCCGCCGGGCGCGCCGCACUCCCCGCACGCCUUCCUCUACGGGCACGCCUUCUGCCGGCAGCGCCAGGACGAGCGGCUGCGGCGCGGGUGCGAGCAGAAAAGCAUUGUGCUGCUGUCCUACCUGCCGCUGUUUGGCGUCCUGGAGCCGCUGGCUCGCCUGGUGGGGCCCACCGCGCUCAGCUACGGCCCCGAUGCGCUGCGAGAGGCGCUUCCCGAGUGGCCCAACGUGCUUUCCACGGGGCACACGGCGGCCACGCUGCCGCCCUCCAGCAGCAGCGACCGGCUGGAGGAAGCAGCUGGCAGUACCGGCAGUACCGCCAGCUUACACGCCUCUGAGUCGGGAGCCAGCAUAGGGAGCAGCGGCGGCGGGUACGGCGGCGGAGGCGGCGGAGGCGGCGGCGGCCUCGCCGCCGGUCGGCAGGGCGGCGGCACCAGCCGGCUGGGCGGCAUGCUGCGGCGGCGGCCGGCCACGCCUGCGGCGCUGCUGUCGGAGCCUCUCGAUCACUGCUGGAUGGGGUACAAGCCACUCAGCAGGCCAGACAAGCCAGUGCUGCAGCGCCUGGUGCACCCGCAGCCGUCGGACCCCGCGGACCGGUGGCGCCGCCUGGCUGCCGUCAACUCCUCCAUGCUGCGCCGCCACUUCCAGGACCUCACCAGGGCCCUGCUCAUGCCGCUGCUGCCCUACCUGACGCCCACGCUGCCGCCGCCGCCGCCGGCGGACGCGGCCGGCGAGCCCCCUCUCGCCUCGCCGCAGCAGCCGCCGCCGCUUGCGCAGCUGGACGUGCCCGCGCUGCUGGCGCGGCUGGGGUCCAAGGAGGUGGUGCUGCCGCAGGCGCUGCUGGAGCGCUUUGGCGGCCAGCGCGGCCUGCUGGCCUUUUACGAGCGCUUCCUGCGCUCCCCCAACCUGGUGGCCUUCCUGCACCUGCGCCGCCUGGCGGCGGAGGAAUGGCAGCGCCAGGAGUGGGCGGCGGCGGCCAGGGCGCCCCAGGAGGAGCUGCUGUCGGUGGAGUCUUUCUUCCUGCUGGAGCAGCAGCUGGCCAAGGCGCAGCAGCAGCCGCAGCAGCAGCAGGGCGACGGCGGCGGCGGCGGCGAGCGGGGCGGCGCCGCGGCGCUCGCCGACCAGCUGCAGGAGAAGCUGCGGGUGGCCUUCAGCGCGCUGCCGCCCGACCUGCAGCAGGCCAUCCUGCACACGCCCUCCCAUGCCGCUUUCCUGGGGGACCAGCAGCAGCAGGAGUGGCUGCUGCAGCAGGCACAGCUGGGUCAGCAGGCAGGCGGGGCGGGCACGCCCGCCGCCGCCAGCACUUGA